UAAACCCCACCAAAGAAGAAGAAAGUGAACGGAAACCGGAAAGGGUCAGUGGGUCCUACAGAAUCGGCGUGUUCAUUUCAAACCUGUAGUACAAGAGAGGACGAGCACGAGAAAGAAGCUUCCCCGUCGAGAAACUUCAGUCUACAAAUCAACAUUGAUGGAGUGGCAGCCGGACGAACAGGGACUCCAGCAGGUCCUCCAGCUCCUCAAGGAUUCCCAGUCCCCCAACACGGCCACACAGAGAGCCGUGCAACAAAAACUUGAACAGCUCAACCAGUUCCCCGACUUCAACAACUAUCUAAUAUUUGUGCUCACAAGACUGAAAACUGAAGAUGAACCCACUCGUUCUCUGAGUGGUCUGAUCCUGAAGAACAAUGUGAAGGCCCACUACCAGAACUUCCCCCCGGCCGUGGCUGACUUCAUCAAGCAGGAAUGCCUCAACAACAUAGGCGACCCGUCGCCCCUCAUCCGCGCCACCAUCGGUAUCCUGAUCACUACGAUCACUUCUAAAGGGGAGCUGCAGACCUGGCCAGAGCUGCUGCCCCAGCUGUGUAACCUGCUCAACUCUGAGGACUACAACACCUGUGAGGGCUCGUUUGGAGCCCUGCAGAAGAUCUGCGAGGACUCGUCGGAGCUGUUGGAGAGCGACGCACUCAACCGCCCGCUCAACAUCAUGAUCCCCAAGUUCCUGCAGUUCUUCAAGCACUGCAGCCCUAAGAUCAGAUCUCAUGCCAUCGCCUGUGUGAACCAGUUCAUCAUCGGCAGAGCCCAGGCCCUGAUGGACAACAUCGACACCUUCAUUGAGAGCCUGUUUGCGCUGGCUACAGACGAGGACUCUGAGGUGAGGAAGAACGUGUGCCGGGCUCUGGUCAUGCUGCUGGAGGUCCGUAUCGACCGGCUGAUCCCUCACAUGCACAGCAUCAUACAGUACAUGCUGCAGCGCACACAGGACCCGGAUGAGAAUGUUUCUCUGGAGGCCUGUGAGUUCUGGCUCACUCUGGCUGAGCAGCCCAUCUGUAAAGAGGUGCUCUCUGGACACCUGGUGCAGCUCAUUCCUAUCCUGGUGAACGGCAUGAAGUACUCUGAGAUAGACAUUAUCCUGCUGAAGGGUGAUGUGGAGGAGGACGAGGCUGUGCCAGACAGUGAGCAGGACAUCAAGCCUCGCUUCCACAAGUCCCGCACCGUCACCCUGCAGCACGAGGGAGGAGAGGGCGAGGAGGGAGAGGACAUCGAUGAAGACGACGAUGAUGAUGACGAUACAUUAUCUGACUGGAACCUACGCAAGUGUUCGGCGGCAGCGCUGGAUGUGCUGGCCAAUGUGUUCCGAGACGAGCUGCUGCCUCACCUGCUGCCCCUGCUCAAGGGCCUUCUCUUCUCCCCUGACUGGGUCACCAAGGAGUCUGGCAUCCUGGUGCUGGGGGCCAUCGCUGAGGGCUGUAUGCAGGGCAUGGUGCCCUACCUCCCGGAGCUCCUCCCCCACCUCAUUGCAUGCCUGUGUGACAAGAAGGCCCUGGUGCGCUCCAUCGCCUGCUGGACCCUGUCCCGCUACGCCCACUGGGUGGUCAGCCAGCCACCAGACUCCCACCUCAAACCCCUGAUGACCGAGCUGCUCAAGAGGAUACUGGACGGCAACAAGAGGGUGCAGGAGGCCGCCUGCAGUGCGUUUGCCACCCUGGAGGAGGAGGCAUGUACAGAGCUGGUGCCCUACCUCAGCUUCAUCCUGGACACGCUGGUGUUCGCCUUCGGCAAGUACCAGCACAAGAACCUGCUCAUCCUCUACGACGCCAUCGGAACGCUCGCCGACUCCGUAGGACACCACCUCAACCAGCCUGAGUACAUCCAGAAGCUGAUGCCUCCCCUUAUUGCCAAAUGGAAUGAGCUGAAGGACGAGGACAAGGAUCUCUUUCCACUUCUGGAGUGCCUGUCGUCGGUGGCCACGGCCCUGCAAAGUGGCUUCCUGCCCUACUGUGAGCCUGUCUACCAGCGCUGUGUAACCCUGGUCCAGAAGACCCUCGCUCAGGCCAUGAUGUACAACCAGCACCCUGACCAGUACGAAGCUCCUGACAAGGACUUCAUGAUUGUGGCCCUGGACCUGCUGAGUGGCCUGGCCGAGGGCUUGGGGGGCAGUGUGGACCAGCUGGUGGCCCGCAGCAACAUCAUGACCCUGCUCUUCCAGUGCAUGCAGGACCCUAUGCCAGAGGUAAGACAGAGCUCCUUUGCCCUGCUGGGUGACCUGACCAAGGCCUGCUUCCCUCAUGUCAAACCCUGCAUUGCCGAGUUCAUGCCGAUCCUGGGCCUGAACCUGAACCCAGAGUUCAUCUCUGUGUGUAACAAUGCUACCUGGGCCAUUGGCGAGAUCGCCAUGCAGAUGGGGAGAACUGACAAGAAGGAUGAAGGAGAUUGCUCAGGAGCAGACAUGCAACCCUAUGUUGGGCUGGUCCUCAACAACCUGGUGGAGAUCAUCAACAGACCUAACACACCCAAGACCCUCCUGGAGAAUACAGCCAUUACGAUCGGCAGGCUGGGCUACGUGUGUCCACAGGAGGUGUCUCCCAUGCUGCAACAGUUUAUCAGACCCUGGUGCACAUCGUUGAGGAACAUCAGGGACAAUGAGGAGAAAGACUCUGCGUUCCGUGGAAUCUGCAUGAUGAUUGGAGUCAACCCCGCUGGAGUGGUUCAGGACUUCAUCUUCUUCUGUGAUGCUGUGGCCUCCUGGGUUAGUCCUAAGGACGAUCUGAGAGACAUGUUCUACAAGAUCCUCCAUGGCUUCAAGGACCAGGUGGGCGAGGAGAACUGGCAGCAGUUCUCAGAACAAUUCCCCCCUCUGCUGAAGGAGAGGCUGUCGGCCUGCUAUGGCGUGUAGUUCCCCUCGCCGACACAGGACACGCCUGUCAGGUUUAAUCUACGGGAGGGUUACUGGGGGAACUCAUCCAUCUGUGUUACUGCACUGCCCUGAUCGUGGGGGCAGGAGGAGAGGGACUGGCCCUGGCUCCUGUCCAUUCAGACUACAAGUCCCACGACCCUGUGUGUCUCUGUGAGGGUGGGUGGGAGGGAGGGUUACUGGGAGGGAAACUGGGGAGAAAGCCUCUGGAUUUCAAACGCCAAACUUAAAUCCGACGACAUACUCCGAUGUAACCAAAGCCACAGGUUUCUGUAAGAGGGGGAGGGAGGGUAGGAUAAGCAUAUGCAGGGGUCGGCUGCGAACGGCCCUAAAUCCAUUCGAUAACUCUUUAGAAACCAAGGUUAGAGGAGAGCUGUGGUGGGAGGGCGGGCGGGGUGGCAGCAACCCCGGAAUAAAUAAAUUAAGGAGAAAUCUAAAAACCAGCCCAGGAGCCACAGUUUAAAACCACAACUCACAUAAUAAGUAGACUGGCACACUUAGACUUAGUUCAGGAAGGGAAGGUAGUUGCCCUGGCCCGAACGACCAAUCGGUGCACAAGCACUUUGCAUUCAUUCUACAGUAGUCAUUUGAUAAUCUAUACAAAGGCUGUGGGCGGGAUACUGAAGUAGCGCUAAUGUUUUAUAAUAGCUUCCCGAAGGCUAGCCUCAGAGGGGAAACAUGAAAUGCUUUUCAACGUAAUGACGGGGAAAGUUCUAGAAGAGUCAUCUGCACCUUUACUACUCAAGCGUUCAUAGACAGUACAGUACCAUACCUGUUCAUAUUGGGACUUCUCUAUUAAACAUAGGUCUAUUUACACAGUUUUUCUUCCUUUUCCCACAUUUGCUGAAUUCGUUUUACUUUUUGAAAUUACUACUUUUUUUAUUUUAUUUUUUUAGAGAAAUUCUAAUUUAAAUGUAGUCUUUUUUUUCCUUUCAUAGUUUUUACUACAACAGACACAAUCCUUCCAGGAAUCAUUUUAUUGUAGUGCUGACAAAGGUCAUUUUUCCAAUAAGGGAUUGAUUGGUUUGCAUGGCCAUGAUAACCUCUUAAGUGACGUGGAUCUCAUUGUUACAAGUAGAUUUUUACAUUUAGAAACAAUGGUAGUCAGCUUAUCGUUCUAACGUCACGACACCAGGUUAUUUAGCCACCCCCAUCGUACUUAUUCUGUGACCAGCCCUCCCCGUCGCCAGACCUAACAAACCGGACGGGUGGCUUUCUAUAGGGUGGAGAUCCAGCGAUGCCAUAGUUCAGAGACGCAAGAUUCAAUCCAUCUUCUGGAAGAAUCACAUCCCUGCAACCAGUCAUACUCCCGUUUGCUGCUACUCUUGUUUUUCUAGUAUUUACAAUGGUCUAGAGCAUCAAGGCUUCAGGAAGAACUUUAGAAGAAAUCAGUUGCUGGUUCUAAUUGAUAUUAUGCACUUGUUUUUUUACAACUUAUGGCUUGCUGAAGUAAGAGACGAUAUAAAUAAGAUAUUGUAUAAGCAAUGGUCAAAAUGAGAAUUUUAGGAUAAGCCUAACGCCGCCGCUCAUAUGCUUGGUUUAAAAGUAAGGCAUGCAAUCAGAUGGAAUAGAUUUAAAGGGUAAGGAGAGGACCAUAGAUUUAAAGGGUAAGGAGAAGACCAUAGAUUUAAAGAGUAAG